CAGCCCCCUCGCCCUUAUACUAGCCCUGUCAGACCACCACAGAGAGCACACCAGACCACGCCAGACCCUCAGAGAUGUCCGUGAGCGUGGAGGAGGACGGGACUUUAGAGCUCGGGGACAGCAUAGAGAGCUUGAGCUUCCACCAGGCGCUCAAUGUCUUCCUGGUGACCACUCGGGAAGGUCGUGUGCGUGUGUACGACCCCCACUCCUGCUUGAAGCUCUCCGAUGUCCCUCUACAUGGAGAUGGCUGCUUACAUGGUGGGGUGGUGUGUGUUUACCAUGGGGAGAGCAACAGUGUCGUGGUAUGUGGUGGCCGAACAGUGGGUAUGCGCAGAGACCACCAUGGCGUCCUCCUUUUGGCCACAGUUCUCCAGGGGCCGGUAUCUGCCCCGGAGGAAACAGUCACGGUGGAAAUGCUGCUCUCAGAGGGCAUUCAGCUGCAACAGACGUUAGCAUUCGGGGAGAUGAGCAACCUUGAACACGCGGCCGAGGUGCGGGAGGUUCUGGCGCAGGGUAUCGCUGCGCACCAGGCACAGUCCCGUAUCAACCCCAAGCUGGCCAAGUGGAGUACCCUCAGACUGGAGCUGCCCCUGGGUGUUCUGCGCAGCGUGUGCCUUGGGCUUGUCAUCGAGUUAAAACGACUCUCACGGUACAUCCCGGCCCUCUCCAUCGCCUCGGCCCUCAUCCAGCGCCUGGCCCACCUUCUGCCGCCACCCACCCCAGACACGGGCCAGGGACCUGCUGGAACUGGCCCCCCUGAUAGAGAGGCCAUGUGUAGUGAGGCGGCCAGGCUCGCCACAUUCAUUAAGUGGCCACAUAUGAAUUAUAAAUGGGCGCUCCCUGAACAGAUGGCCCAAGCCGGGUUCUUUCACCAACCCAUUGCUGCCGAUGAUGACCGGGCAAUGUGCUUCAUCUGCAGUGUUUGCCUUGUCUACUGGGAACCGACUGAUGAGCCUUGGUCUGAACACGAGAGACACUCCCCCAACUGUCCGUUCGUGAAGGGGGAGUACACCAACAACGUGCCGCUGUCCGUCACCUAUGCAACCAGCCCCGCUCUCACCCACUCGGAGCGCGCCGAAGAGGUGUCUUUCCUCAGCAACACCAAUAGCCACCAGUUCAUCGCCUCGGCAACGCGGCACGGCAGCAUUGUGGUCUGGAAUGUGUCCAAGCAGCUCAAGAAGGAAGUUAGUUUCUCCAUAGACCCUUCGGACUCCACCAUAUUGGACAAGCACUUCUCCGACACGGUAGGCUACACGGACAUGCCCUUGCAGCCCCUCGCGCCCUGUGAAACCUGGGCAUGGCCGUCAGCGGAGGAGCAGAGCGAGGCGGCGGCAGCAGGGAGCACCAACCCCGAACAUCAGUCUCAGGCGUCUCACUCCGAUGCGGAAAUUCCCUCGUGUGGCCUCGCUGUUGAGAUGGACUCGGUGGCCAUGAAUGCGCCGGCUGAGGCUGCUCCGUCUGGUCCCUCGGUGUCCCCGCCCCCGCCACCCCAUCCGCCGCCUCCACCGCCAUCCUCACAGGUGGUGGAGCUGCCUCUGGAUGACAUAGUUGCGGAUGAACUGUUUGCGCCGCCCCGGCCAUCCCAUGACGUGCGUGUGUCAUCCCUGUGCAUCCUGGCCGACCCCUCCGAGGUGGCCCAGCGCCUCAAGGGUGCCGCCAUGAGCCAGGUGCCGGCCGCCCGGGCGUGCCUGGUGGUGGGCGUGGGUCUGCGGCGCUACGAGCUGUUUGGGACGUGUGUCGGGGAGCGCGCCGAGUCCUGCGACGUGCAGACCCUCAACGACGUGAACCAGGCGGGCCAGCGGCCGGCCCAGAGCCUGGACAUCAUGAAGCUGGACUCCUCCAGGCGGGAGUCCACGGCGGAGCAGGAUGUGGAUCCCGACCGGCCGCCCCCAGAGUACGGGCAAGCUCCGCCGGGUGACCCGAGCGGGGUGUCGGCCGGCGCGGCGUCCCUGGGCCAGCAGAACUUUGUGCCGUACCUGCUGGUGUACGACCUGAACGUGUCUGUCCCGCGGCCGGCGGCCAGCAACAGGGUGGUGGCCAAGGCCGCCGGCCACGGCCCCUACAAGAAGUCCACGGUCAAGGUCGGCUCCUUCAGCCAGACCAACAUCAUCUCCCACUCCAAGACCAAGCACCUCUGGUCCGACCCGCCGCUGCUGCUGCACAACGACAUCGAGAUGUUCUUCUCCCCGCCCAACAUGUUCGUCAAGAACAAGGGCACCACCCAGGCCGGCCCCGCCUCCCUCGCCAAGAGCAAGGCCAAGGAGGGCCAGCCGGUGCCGGAGCCACCGCCCAAGAUGGAGCUGAAGAAGGAGCCAAAGUGCAUCCAGUGCCUGCCCCUGCCGCACCGCCUGGACUCCCUCAAGCUGAGGCUCUCGGUGCUGCAGCUGGUGCCCACCCCCUGCGGGGAGUACCUGGUGGUGGCCCUGGGCCGCAGCGACGGGCCGGAGGGGGUGGUGGCCGGCGGGGUGGCCGGUGCCGUCAUGGUGUACCGCGUGUGUGGUGGCGGCGAGGUGGUGGCCCUCCAGGAGGAGCCGGUCUCCACCAAGCUGCUCACCUCCUGGGACCUGGUGCCCUUCAAGCUGCUGCUGCUGCCGCCGGAGUUUGGCGAGUGUGAGGGAGGGCUGUGCGGGGGCGUCGGGGCCUGCAUCACCAUGGACGGAUCCCUGCGGCUCCUCUCCCUGUCCACCCUCGAGUUUUUCCACCAUGUGCUACCUCCCUCAGGACGCCCCUUCAGUAACCUUGUCUACUGCAACAGUCUGGAGAGGCUGUGUGUUAGCUGUGACGACGGGCGGGUCAGCUUGGUCCAGGUCCACCGGGAGGCAGACCUGGGCAAGGAGAGCGACCCUGGUGCAGCGACGUCAACCCCUGCCUCAGCCUCCUCUGCCUCGACCCCUGCCCUUACUCGGGAACCUGACCUUCAACCCGGAGAGUUGCUGGUGAACCAAGGCAUGACUGAGGAGGUGUUGGACGCCUGUAUCCUCCUCACGCAGUUCCAGACGGGCUGCCCAAAGUUCGUGGCCACUGUCCCGCCCUGCUGGUGUGAGAUCAUCCAGGCCCAGAAGCAACGUAGGAACCCCCAGCAUCUCCAGCAGCACCCAGAUGACCUGGACACCACCCGGACCUGGCGACUGGAGGCUGACAGCUCCACGUGGGACGAACACUUGUUUGAGAUACUGCUGCCCGCCGGAGCCAGUGGGGCGGGAGCUGUACAGGUCGGCCACAUCGAUCUCAAGCUUAACUUCGUUCAUGGCCCACCAAACCCCUUACCAGUAUUACAGGUGACUCUGUUAAGACAAAACCUUGCUACCCCGCGGAGGCACCAAACCCCACAGCAGGGAAGCAGCGGGAGCAGCGUUGGGUCCUCCUCCCCCACCCACUCCUCACAGGGCCCUUCCUCCUCCUCCACGCAGGGCCCCUCCACCUCGCACGCUGCCUCCACCUCCUCCCAGCCCUCCACCUCCUCGCAGGCAUCCUCACAAGGCCCCUGCACUUUCUCCAACGUUCCUGAUGAUGUGUUAGAGUACCCAGAGAACCCGGUGCUGACCCGCGAGUUUCAACUGAGUCACAACGCGGAGAUCCUGUGCGGCCCCGUCACCGUCAAUCGCUGUGUGGACCUCUCGGGACAGGCGGCCAAUGUGACACUCACCUCCCCGGCCCUGCUCGCCUGCCGGACACGGACGUACCUCAUCCAUAUUAAGGCCCUACCACCCAAGCCUUCACAGCAGCACCAGCAGCAGUCACAGCAGCCACAGCAGUCACAGCAGCAGGAGGUCCAGAAGAACAGUGACCUUGACCUUGUAUCGCAGUACAUGCCACCGCUGUCGUCCUCCUUCCUGGACCGCCUGGCUGCCACCUCCACCAGUAAGCGGCUGGAGGUGGUGCGGGGGUGUGACGUGAUCCAGGAGCUGUCCGUCACGGUGCGAUGCUGUACACGCACCGCCAUACCCCAUGAAAGACUACAGAGGCUGUCACUGGUGGAGAAUGAAGGGUUCCACAAGUCCUUGUUGGAAGUGGCCAUCAGCGAGGCCUCCUCCGACCAUCUCCGCCACCGUGCCCUCGACCUCCUCCUUUGGCUCACCUCCAUCCACACAGCCGCAGUUGAUGACCACACCCUCAGCGUCCCCAUCAUCACUAUGCUACAGCUGCAUCUCUCCGGCCUGGUGCGCAGCUGCCUUCUGCUGGGAGACCGGGCAGUGGCUCACAAGGCCUCCAAGAUCAUCGUAACUGCCUUAGAAGGGUCACGGGUGGUUGAGGGCGGCAUGGUGUUUGGGUGGGCCGUGCUGGAAGCCCUCCUGGAGUGCCUUGAUAUUAUCCUGCAGUGCCAGAGUGCCGGUGCCCUUCACUGGUUCUUCACCCUGCUCAACCAUGUCAAGUGGUGUAACCCCUGGGGCACUGCUCGCAAGGUGACCCAGCUGCUGACGAUGGUGUCGGAGGCCCUGAGCAAGAAGGUUGACCCCCUCCACGCCAUGCUGCAGACUCGCUUCAAUCUCUACGGCACGCCACUGGAACGGGAGCUGUUUGACACGGAGCCGCCUCUCCUCACCAAGCAGUCGCUAUGUGGCGGCCCUACCGGACAGCCAACCUCUGGUCACUCUGCAGCCAACACAACCUCCAACAACAAUAACAACAACAACAACUACAACAUCAACAUAACCUUCGCGGGAGGCUUCACAUCCGGGGGCAUGAUGCCUCUGGGGGGCAGCGGGGCACAGACCUCCGGCACAGCUAACGGAAAAAGCAGUGGGUCUGGGGGCAGCUCCGGGCACCCUUACCUGACGGUCGGCCGAGAUGACAGCGACAUUGGAGCCCUGCUUGGCCGCACUGCCUCGGCCACCUCUUUCCUGGGUCUGACGCACACCUCGGCCCUGUGUGGACUGCUGGAGGUUGAGCCGCUCCAUUUCACACUCCACAUGGCCAGCGACGGGACCAAGAUGGAGCGCGCUUCCUCAGGCCACCCCGGUAGUCCCUUCAUGAUGCAGCCAUUCACCAUCCCCGGCGGUUUGGAUGCUGCCGCCCUGGCCCAGGUGGAGUCUUCAUCCGCCACAGGGACCGCCAAGGCUGUGGAUGCAUCAGUCAGCAUGCUGCACAAGGCAGUUGAGGACAUGGCUGUCAAAAACCAAGCAGUGGAGCUUCUGUUAGCCAAGAAAGCCACCAAGACCUACCUAGAGAAACUGCAGACCCUCAGUGACCAGCUUGCUUCCAUGAAACACUGCCUGCAGAAGGCUAAGCAGCGCACACAGACCCUGGCGAAGGUCGUGGCGGCCGAGAACUCCGGCUCCCCCGCACUCCUGCCGCUGGACGGACCGAUCAAGGACGGGGAACUCAAGGAGGAGGUCAGCACCAUCUCAUCCUCCAGCAGCUCCUCGGAAGCCACCCCAGACCAUGAGAGUAUCGAGGCCAUGAUUCUAGCCGAGACCAAUCCCCCGCUGGAUCUGGCCUUGCUCUACGGCGAGAAGAAGGAAGCGGAGGCCAGUAAACAGGGCGGAGUGGGUCUGUACGCCAAGCGGAAGAGCGAGGAGGAUGCGAGUUCGCUGGAGAGCAAGGCGUCCACCCCCUCCGCCGGCCACCCACAGAUCAGAGAUGGACCGAGCGUGGGAGGGAAGAAAGGCCCGGCACUCCAGGGCACUCUCGGGGCACCCUGGCAGCAGCUCCUCUCCCUCCCUCCGCAGCAGAUGCUUGUGAUUGAGAGGAUGCAUUCUGGAGCACGCCGAUUCGUUGUGCUUGAUUUCGGGUCCCCUGUGCUCCUUACCGAUGUGGUCAUCCCGGCGUGUGGCGACCUGGUGUCCCUCAGCAUAGAUAUUUGGAUGACUGGCGAAGACUUGGACGGCGAGAGACUGGUUGUGGCCUCGGACAUCGGCAUGCGGCCACUCAUACUGGCUGACCUUCAACCCCCGCCCCUCUGCCGCUACCUCAAGGUCACCACGCUGGGGAGAUACGGCAUGAACACAUCCUCCCAGUGUCGCAUCCCCGUGGGCGCCUUCUACGGGCACACCCUCAUCUUACCCUGGCAGCUACAGCCCGGGGAGGUCCAGCCGCUGGUGGUCAACAAACUCUCAGCUCAGACUCAGCUGACAGUGCUGGCGAGCGUGGUUGAGGAUAUAGGGUGCCGAUACAGCCUGGCGUGCAGUAAACUCCGAGCCUUGCUGCACCCUCUCCUCAUGAGCCCGACCACCCCGUCUGCACCCCAUACCUCCUUUGGCUUGGCAGAACUUCCCCACGGCUCCCGCGACGCAGACCUGGAGAGGAAGAUCACCCACGCUUAUCAGGAGUGCAUGGUGGAGCAACAACACCUUAACCUGGUUGUGUCCGUGAUGAGACGCCUGCAGUCUGUCAGCGGCGGUGCAGGAGAGGCCGGGGGGGUGGGACCUUACGCUGCGUCCUCCUCCAAGAGUCAGCCGUCAGCCACCGCAGCCUCCUCGGACAAGCUCGCCACACUCAUGCAGUACCUCCUCGACUGCCUCCUCACCUUGUCCCUUCCCAUUCCUGGCAUGGCUGUGCCCCACAACCUGAUGGAGUGGUGUGGACCAGAGCAGGCCAGGGUGCUUGUGGAGCAGGUGUGUGUACGGGGCCCCAAGGCAGCCCAGGUGGGGGUGGCGUCGCUGCUGGCCCGCCUCUGUGCCGGUCAGCCCUGGUGGGGAGACUUCCUGGCCUCCACGAUGGUCACACUCUUCACCGCGACCAACACACUCCACUUCCCGGCCACCAGGGUGUUUGCUAUACUGACAUUCCUCGGCCAAAAGAGCGUGGGCAGCGGCCGAGGGGGCCAGGUGAUCGAUGCCAUCCUGCGGGUGCUGUCGGCCCAGCUCCACGGCUCCACGCCUCCAGCGCCAGACCCGGCCUGGCUCGCCUGGACCAGCGGCGGGCCACACGUGGACACUCACCUGGUGUCCUGGCUGCUGCUGUACCUGUCCCUCUGUCUGGACGCCCUCACGCCAGCGCGCAAGACAGAGACCGAAAAGACCAAAGAAAAUGGAGGGGCCGGCCGGUGGGCCUGGCUGGCCGCCGAGAGCUGCCUGCAGCGUCGGGGCAGUGAGACGGGGCGCAGUGCCCCGCGAGCACCCCGGGAAAGGCUGCGGAAGAGGCUGGUUCACAACCAGAAGCAGCAACUAGUCAACCUGGAGACGGCCACCAAGUCCCUGGGAGAAGUGGGCUCCGGGCAGGUACUGGGAGCUCUCAGCGGUGAGAUUUACCACAAGCUGGACACCAUUCGCCGCUCCAUAGUGAGACGGUACUCGCGCAAUGCAUCCACCUCGUCUGGGGGCGCCGGCGCUCGCAAGGACGACCCAGAAACGUCCGGCGAAACCUUCUUCACGCUGGACCGCACCACAGCCCUCUCAGUGGCUCACGGCCUGGUCAAGCUCCUCAUGAACUCAAGCUCACCGUGCUGUGUAGAUUCAUUCCUCCUAACUUGUAAGGUCAUUGGGGGCUUGGUGAGUGUCGUCAAGCCGAGCCCGUCCCUGGGGGAGAUAGUCAGCAGCAACCAGCUUGGGGCCCUGCUGCGCCACGCUCUCACCCUGGACACCACCUGGGGGGCUCCCUGGGCCCUCCAUGCACUCACCUGCCUUCUCCAGGAUGUACUUGAAGGAGAGCGAGUGUGCGGCGCCGUGGUGGCCGUCACCGCCGACCACCACCAGGAGGACGUUGACAACUUUGAACUGGUGCUGGACGCCGCCCGCAGCUCAGCCUCCACCGCCGCCUCUGGGGUAGGCCAGGCGGGGCUACCCUCGGCCAUAUCCAACGGAGCAGUGAACGGCUCCACGGACGAAGGGACGGCCACGGCUUCCCCUCAGGAGGAAGCCGGUGGAGCUGUAGGGCCGUGUGUGACCACCCAGAACUGUCAGGCGGACCAGUCGGCCACGCCCUUGAGCCCCCCAGUGGUCAGCAUGGCCACCACACACUACACCCUGGACGAAGAUGGACUCCCAGGGAAAUACGCCUUUCUGGACCUUGAUGACAGCUCCGAGAGUGAGGAUAUGAUUGGGGAGUACCUCGCAGACAUGGCGCCCCCCUUCACUACCACCUCCACCACCAACACCUUCACCUCCAUAGAGCUUGCCAUGUCGAACAGCUUCCCACCCCCAUACCUGUCGGCUUCCCAACUGAUCCCCAACCACCAAGCUGCUCGCUGUGGCAAGGACUCCCGGGCUGCCAUGUCUGGGGAGCUGGCUGGUGCGCCCUUGGCCUGCUCCCCCCACCCCGGCCUGGACCACUCAACAGCUGUGGAUGCAAGGCUGGAGGCUGGCGUGUCUCUCCUCUCCGAACUUAGACUGCAUAUGAUGGCAGCUGUGCACACCUCUCGUCUCUCGCUGGCUGUCACCGCCCCACUCAAGGUGGGUGGCAGUGCCUGGGGGGACAGUGAGGUAUGUGGGCCCGGCGACCUGGCAGGCAGCGUCCACCUCCUCACAGAUGUCUUCCAGAAAAUCCUCCUCCACCUGUCCACGGAGUUUGACGGAAGCCACGUUGAGUCUGUCCUUGGGCUGUGGCUGAGCAUUAACCUAGAGCUGGCUGGGGGCAAGUACACACCGUCCCUGGCCCCGACACUCCCCCUCACGCCCCGCGCUGUGUCGGCCCUCCUCGCGGCAGUGGUCAGAAGUGGUAGUGUGAGCAUGAGGUGCUGGUGCCUAGUGCUGCAGACCCUCACAUUAUGUUGCAACCACACGCCUCAUGACCCGGCCCCCCCUGCACCCUCCACAGCAGCUGACCAGUAUGACAACAUCGACAUGAGUGGACUGGCCAUCAACAUCGUGACAGAUUCCAACUUUGUACCAACACUGCAGAAGCUCCUGACGGGGUCCUGCACCGCUGGGGCCGACAUGAGGAGCGACGUGGUGGGCAGCACGGUCACCGGCCUUCUGGAGGACCUGCUGGUGAGACUCCGGGUGCGCUGUGACGUGGCCAGUGCAGCCAGCGGCCCGGGAACCACCCUGAAGCAGGCUCUCCUCACCCUGGUGGCCCGCCUACUGGAGCUUCAGGGUGCCAUCUCUCUGGCCAUGGGACCACUUGAUGCACAGUGCUGCCUGCUGGGAACUCUCCUGGCCAUGUCCUACGAUGGCCUGGAACGCAUGCACACCCCUCUGGCCAUCAUAAACUCCACAGUGGUGCUGGUACACAGUCACUUGAUGUCCAGCGAGGGGGUCACCUAUGGAGCCACCAGCCACAGCUCCACCAUGCUGGGCGGACUCUUUGCCUCAGUGUUGGGCCCGGAUGGACGGCAAGGCCCGGCUCCCUCCCGCCUGGCCCUGCUCUGUUCCCUCCUCAACCUGUCCCGCAAGCUGGCUCAGACACCCAUCCACUCCUCCCCUCAGACACGAGGCACACCGAGCGGCCCCCAAGGCUACGAGGGUGCUGGGUCUGGCUCCCUCACCGACUCCAGCAAGUUGGAACAGCAGCGAUCUGACCACCCGGAGUCCAGCCAGACCGACGAACACAAGGCCCGGCUAACACCUCACCACCUCAACUGCUCCCACGCCUCACCCAACAACACACCCUGCCUCACUGACACAGUGCUGCAGAACGCUGAGACCAUGCAGCUGCUUCUGAAGUCUGCUGCGGCGUGCGAGGGUGGCAGCGUGUCCAUGCUGCUGGGGGCCGUGGGCGGGGAGGUGACGGAGAAGCUGUGCCUUGGGGAGACGCUCACUGAGGCUCUCCACCAGCUGCUGCUAACCCUCAACAGCAAGGCCACCUCACCGCACCUCAUCCUGACACCUCUCAUCGCCUUCAUCACUCCGGGUGGCUGGUGGAGUCCCCCGUCUCUCUCCGAGCCGGCUCUCUGCUUCUUCACUCGGGUACUUGACUGCCCUACUAUUCUAGAGCAGUUUGCCGCCAUGGGAGGCAUGAAGAUGCUCUGGGAGAACUUGGUGAGCAGUGUUGGAAUGAUGGGAGGCGGCCGAGGAGGCUUGGUGACAGCCGUGAUGAACCACCUCGCCCCUCCACUACCACCCUCCACCCAGAACGCCCCCUCCAACAAGCGCAGCGAACCGGUGGAACAGACGGAAGGCCUCUACAACUUUGCCCCCCUUGCCGUGGUCACCUCCAGCAACCCCACGGCCCGACCUGCCAAUGUACUGGUCGAUUCGAACCAACUUUUCCAGAGGACCAAGAGUGCACCCUGGUCAUACCAUUUCUACCCUGAUGAGAGCUGGGUGGAUCUGACUCUCACUCUGCCCUGCGCCGUGCUGCUCCACGAAGUCCACCUCUUCCCUCACACUGUCUCCCUCGUCUCCUGCCCCUCGGCCGUGUCCGUGGAGGUUGGCGUCGAGGGUGGCUACCUCAUGCCAGUCAGCGGGCCGCUCAGCACAGCCGGCCUCUCACGGGUGCGGCUUGUGUUGCCCCGGCCGGUCGUGGCGUCCAUCGUGGUGGUACGGCUCCACCGACCCCGCGACUCCUCAACGCUUGGCCUGUCACAGCUGAAGCUCCUCGGCACUACCACCUUCAGGGAGGCCUCGCGGGGCUCACACGAGUCCCCCACGGCAGACCACACGCCCCAUCGCUCCAGUAUGUGGUGGCUCCGGCUUAUCUACCAAUGCAUGUGUCGCGUGGAGGGAGGCCUCAGGGUCGGGGUGGAAGCUGGGGCGAGGGUGCCGGGGGUGAUGGAGGCUUGUGUCACCCUCCUGCUCACCCCGCCUGGCCCCAUGCAUCUUGCUGCAGUCGGCUCGGCGCCCUUGGAGUCCACCACUCUUGCCCUGGCGGCCCUCUCUCCACACCUGCUCCACACCCUCAUCAUGACCUUGCUGACACACCCGUUGCUCCGCCAGCCAGCAGGCAGCACCAACCUAGACGCCGCCAUCGCCCUGCUGUACGAGCUGUGUGUUAGCAGCAGCAGCAUGGAGGGCGUGAGUGUCCUUCUGUCAUGGCUCAACCACGCCGUCACCACACCUCCGCCACAGCCCAUCGCCACAGUCCUCAACGACCACUACCACAGUUUGGGGCCGCCUCUCUCCCGGCCACAGCAUCCCUCUCCCCCGUCGUCCCCAGGCGCAGGGGGUAUUAGCAGUGGAGUGAAUGCUGAGGUGCUGCACUGCAUUGCUGCGGUGCUCUGGAACACUCAGCACGAUAUCACCGGCCUCAUCACGGACACCCUCUUCAGACGGGUGUACGAUUGGUCUGAAUGCAGUGAAGGGGAGGUGAAGGUCGGCCUGGACCAUAUCAUGUGUUCCAUGUGUCACGUCCGGCCACAGCUCUUCACGCAGCUGCUCCUCAACAUGAGUGUGCUUGCAGCAAUCGACAACAACCAAUCAAUUACCGACGACAGAAAAGACCGAGAGGCUGAGAUCCGCGCCGCCCGGACAGACGACAUGAAGGAGGGCGUUGAAGGGUCCUCUGGCGCAGUGGAGGGCCGGCUCAUCCUGCAGGACCCCAGCGUCAUAUCCCUCACCCCGGCCCACCUGCAGACCCUUGCCACUGUAGCCCAGUCCCCAGAAGCCAUCCACCUUAUGCUGGAUUCUGGGUUCCCGCUUCUGCUCGUGCACGGCAUCCUGGAGUGGUGCAAGACAGAGGUGCUGCAUCAGGUGGAGAGCUGCACCUCGCCCAGCGCAGCAGAGAGCGCCACAGACCUGGAGAAGGCCAGCGUCGCCGAGAAGUCCCGCAGCGCCGAGGAUGCCUUCUCCUCGGCCACUCCCUGCGCACCUCCUCAGAUCACCGCAGCCAUCGUGCCAACCCUCACCACCAGCCUCGUGGCCCACACCCUCCACACCCUGGCGGCCCUGUGUGCUGAGGCCCCCAUGAGAGACUGGCUGGGUUCCGCUGAGGGCUCGGUCUUUUGGCUGCCCCUCCUGACUGUCCUGGGCGAUCCACUUGUCCGGGGCAGUGAGCCGCUGAUGCGAGGGAGUGGAGCAAGCGGAGCCAAGGAGAGCGAUUACAGCAAUGUGGAGGACGCCACCAUUCACCUCAUGAGACAGUGUUGCCAGAACCACUCCCACAACCAAGCGCUCCUCGCCUCCACAUUGUGCCACCUUAUCCAGCGGCAGAAUGUUCCUCCACCUGGUGGUGUGAGUUACCUUCAUUCCAUGUCUGGGUUCACCCGUCGUCUGGUGCUGCAGCUGCUUCUGGAGACGGAGAGAGUGGUGGUACACAUUGCCAGCCCUCAGGGGGGGCUCUCCUCCCCGACGGGCUGCAGCCUCCCCCCCCUCACACAGCACCCAAAGUUCGGCGCUGGUCACAAGACUCGCCUGCUCUCCCUGCCCACCACGACCACCCUGGCGGACAUCAUCAAGCUGGUCACAGACUGGUCCCGCGGCGUCCUGGUCGGAGUUGGCAGCUCAGCGGGCGAUCUGGACCUGUCCCAGGGUGACCAUCGUGAGGUUAACGAAGUAGGUCACCUGGAGUUGAUGGACAAGCUCUCCGUGGCGGCCGGGGUCACUGCCAAGGACAAGAGAAGCAAGAACAAGGCCAACAUGGCGUACCACACUCGCCUAGCCAAGAAGACAGGCGGUGAGGAGGGAGAAAAGCAGUACUCAAAAUGUACCUCAGCAGUCCGGGCGUCCAGCUCAGCGACGUACACCCUGGUCCACGACACUCUGGGCCACUCCUCCGGCCUGCCCUCAACCCUGACUGUGGCCCAGCUGAUGGCCGCUCUCCGCCAAGACGGCCUCCCUCCGUCAUCCCACAUCUCCCUGACCCUAACCAAUCGUAGGGACACAGGCAGAGGAAAUGACGGUGAAGGUGCGCGGGAGCUGGCCUUGCUAAGCCUGGAGCCUCUGCCCUCAACCCUGCACGUGUUCACCAGCCAAGGCGGCCUCUCCCUCCUGGCACAGCACAUGUCCCUCCUGUACCCAGACAUGGCCCAACAGCAGCCCAGCCACCCGUCCUCCUCCAGGGGCGGAAGCGGCGACAAGGGGGAAGUGGUGGUGGAGAACGACUGGGUCAGCGUGGAGAUGAACGAUUACGAGUCUGCCAACGUUUUCGACUACCUGGUCAUGGGCGGAGGAGGUGGAGGAUCGCCGGGACCAGUGGGCGGAGGCACCGUCUCCUUGCUAACCCUGCCCUCCAUCCCUCCUCAUGCCCUUGGAGCCUUCACACUGUUCCUGCGACUGCCCGGGUAUGCAGAGACCUUGCUCAAGGAUACCCACCAAGCCUGCUGCCUCCUGCGCCUUGCCUUGGGGGUGACAGACGAUGGGGACGGAGGAGACAUCGUGGGGUCCGGGGUCGGCGGCUCCCUGGCCACCAUGCCCUUCCAGGUGCUGGAGAGUCUUCUGGAGGCCACGCCGCUCACCACAGACGACGGGGUGCUGCUGCGGCGCAUGUGUCUUGAGUCAGGCGCGCUGCACCUCAUCCUGGCCUGUCUGGCGGCCCUGUCACACCAGGACACUCCGGAGGUUGUGACCUCCCUCUACCACCCGAAUGUGCCCAUCGGCCUCGUGGUGGCCACCACCCGGGCCACCUGCGUGGACGGCCGGGAGACUGUCGGGCUGCAGCGUGGAGAGGGUGACCGCUGCCAUUACUGGGCCAAGGGCACCGGGUUCGGCACUGGCAGCACCACCCAGAGCUGGGACGUGGAGCAGGCACUGGUGCGCCAGAGGGUGGAGGAGGAGCACGUGGUGUGGCUGGUGCGGCUCCUCGCCAAGUACAUCAAUCCAGGCGACAUCAUUCCUCCUGAGCUCCAACAAGCUGCCAACGGAGGAAGCUUUGACUCCAAUGCCGAGGGAGGGUCUGUUGAGUCCCCCCGAGAUAGCCCCGUGCUGGCUCCCCUCUCCCCUCAGUCCCAGGCUCCUCCAGCGCUGCCUUCUGCUCUCCUCACCCUUUUCCAGAACUCAGGGCUCAUCACCACCAUCGCGUCAAACCUCAGCAAUGACUCGGGUAAGUUGGUGGUCAGAGAGUGGCAAACAUAUGCUGUAUUCAUGAGGCAUCGACAGAUUGUGAUGUGGUUGUAUGUUGGUCAUUUUUUCAUUAACAUGUUUUACUUAUCUCCUACAUGGCUAAGGGGCUUCGUGGUGCAGUGGUUAGCACACUCAGCUUACAACCGAGAGAGCCCGGGUUCGAUUCCCGGGCGGAGUGGAAAAAUUUGGGCGGAUUUUCCGAUACCCUACGUAGCCCCUGUCCACCCAGCAGUGAAUGGGUCUGUAAGAGAAGUUCAUUUUUACUCCUGUAUUUCAUUCGACAGUUUUGGUCCCUCCGUACGCCUGUGUGUCUUUGCAAUCACUACAACACCUUACCCUUUCCUGGCCGUGGCAUCGCACUGCUCCAUGGAAAAACAAAAAUCGGACUUUGAUCAUGAUGUGUUUGACGUUUUUGGCUACCCGGCCGACACAUGUAAGACUCCCUUUAAAAUAACUUGUACCUGGAUUGUUUUGUUUCAGCUGUGCACGGAGAGGCUGCAACACGAGAUGGACAAGGAGGAUGAGCCCGAUGGUGUGGCAGCCUCUCAGCCGCCUUCCUCCAAGUCCCUGGUGGAAGUGUACCUCGGCUGUCUCAAACCUCUUCAGUUCGACACGUACGAGAUGGUGGUGGAGGAUGCCGAGAGAGGGAUCCGAUUUGUCGUGUCGCACCACUACGAGGGGUCGGUGCGGGGGGCGGGAGACCUCUGCACACCCCGUCGUAUGAAGCGUCUGGCACAGGAGGCCGUGACGCUGUCCUCCUCGCUGCCCCUCUCCUACUCCUCCUCUGUCUUUGUCCGCACAGACGUUGAUCGUCUUGACAUUAUGAAGGUGCUAAUCACAGGCCCAGAAGACACUCCCUACGCCAAUGGCUGUUUCGAGUUUGACGUGUAUUUCCCCGUUGACUACCCCACCUCGCCCCUGCACAUCAACCUUCAGACAACAGGGGAGGGCAGGGUGCGGUUCAACCCAAACUUGUACCAAGAUGGAAAGGUUUGCCUCAGCAUCCUCAACACUUGGCACGGCCGCCCGGAGGAGAAGUGGAACCCCCAGACCUCCUCCCUACUGCAGGUCCUGGUGUCUAUUCAGAGUCUAAUAUUUGUGAGUGAGCCUUACUUCAAUGAGCCAGGCUAUGAGAGGUCCAGGGGCACUCCCACCGCCAUGCAGAACUCCAGGGAAUAUGACGCUAACAUCCGCGCGGCCACUGUGAGAUGGGCCAUGUUGAACCAGCUACGCAACCCCUCGCCCUGCUUCAAAGAGGUUGUGGAGAGACACUUCUGGCUCAAACACAAGGAGAUAAUGGAACAGGUCGACGGCUGGAUCACCAACAUGGAGAGUCUGAGUGAGAAUCGUCGGACAGGCAAGAACAUCGCACACAACACAGUGGGUCUCAAGAAAAACUUUCAGCUUCUGAAGGAGGAAUUUCGCAAGAUGACUCCUCCCCCAGGCCUGGAGGGGGUGCCUCUCUCCCCAGCCCUGGCUUCUGCCUGCUCCCCUGCAGCCCCACACUACAGGGACACACUGCGCUCUGACAAGGACAGGGAGACCUCUCAGGGAGAAAAGGACAAGGAGGCGUGGGGUGCGACAGGGGUCCAGGCCGGGAGCCCCGUCCGCACUCGUGUCAGGAAAACAUCCCGGGCCAACCUCUUUGUGGGUCGGCACGGCCCCCACGCAGCAGGGGCGAGGGCCGGCUCCAGCAUCCCUGGGCCUCAGGAGUCUGCUUCCACACUCCCAGGGAAGGUUGCUCAGCCCGGCCCUAACCCCCAAGAAGCGGCCCCUGGCGGUGCUGCAAGCCCUGCCCAGGAAGAGCCGCAGCCAGCAGCCUCAGUGCCCGAGACCUCUGCUUCGGCAAGCCCGACCCAGGACGAACUCCCUAACGAGACUGAGGAAGUGUACAACCACGUCAACCACAACAGCUCUGCCGCCGGAGACGCCGGCACCCCAUGCUAGCACCUUGCACCCCUGUCCCCAUUCCUCACACAACACACAUAGGAUAAUUUUCCACAAGUACACGACAUCCUCCGGGAUUGCCCGUCUCCUUCUAAUGCUGCACUCACCUUUAAUCACCAAUGAAACUUUUUGUUUUAGUUUGAUACAAAUUUGACGUUCUAGUAUUGUUUUAGUGAUUGGCAGUGACAUUUGGGGGAUGUGUCCUCCAGCAGCUGCCCCAACACUGUGAUUUAUGCGAUAACAGUCAGCUGUGAAGACUAUCCCAGGUUGGCAGCAGAAAUGAAGAGUGAGGAACUUCCUUGUGCUGCCCAACCCCAGCUGGAACUGAGCUAUUUAGCAAUCAUCUGCAUGUUGCUAGUCAUAUUGUCAAUUGUGUUAGCAUGACUGCCAGCCACGGGGGGCCAGCAGGCAGGGGGUGGACAGGCAGUUAAGGCUGGCCCACGUUUGUACAAAUCAUACCAAAUCUGCCUUGUCUUGCCCCACCCUGCUCUGCCCACAUCGCCUCUGUCAGGCCAAUAGCAACACCCGGGCGGUGAGAGAAGCACUGCUCGCAGGGUUAAGAAAAUAGUUCAUAUGAUUACGUUUUUGUUACAGAUGUUAUGUGUAUCUUCUUGUCUAGCUCUCAGGUACUGCCCCUCCCCCCAGCCAGCGGGGAAUGCCAGAAAGCUCCGCCGUGAUAUCCCAGAAAGAUAAACCACAAGAUUGAUCAUAUUUGCAUAUCGUGAUGUCAUUUAAGGAGGAACCUUUGUAAACAACUUCAUAACACUUGGCAUAGCUUAUCGAAGAUUUGUAUAUAUAUAUAAAUGUCAACAAUAAAUACUUUAGUUAAGUACA